AUGCUGGGACACACGACUCUCUACUCCAGAACCCCUCGCUCUUUCCUCUUCGCCGUCGUCGCCAAUGUCGGUCCCGGCGGCGCCAGCCGCUCCCUGGCCGUGGCCUACCGCCAGCACCACGAUAAAUACAACUCACAGAUAUCCUGGGGACGAGUGCACUGUAUGGUGACCGACAUCCUUGCGCUGACCGAAAUCCUCUCGGAUCCCGCGAACCGCGCGCCGCUGGAGGCUGAGAGGGCGCUCGCGGAGGACUGGUAUCGUCGGUCUCAGGGCCACGAGGCUCCGAUUCAUGAGCGGCCCAGCGUGCCCGACACCGCGCAGCCCCCGUUCGUGCCCUGUAAGUUUCCCUUCACCGCGACGUGUGUUUUGCUGGCGUUAUUACGCGAUACUUGCGAUAACCGCACCCGCCCCGGCGACGUCCAGUUUCAGCCUCUAUCGACGCUAUUCCGGGCCGAUUACACUGAGUAUGGCCUGGUCAUUCUCGACAUCUCCGACCUCGACAGCGGCGUUAAGUACGGCAUCGUUACGUUCCCCAUGAACUACAUGGCUGAGGUUGAAUACCGCGGCGAGAUAAUCGGCUGGGAUCCCGUCGAAGACCCCUAG